AUGGCAUUCAGAGAUUGUGGAUUCCCAAUAACAAUCAUCCUUGCUACUUCCGAAGGACCAGUUGCAGUUUGCAUCAACAAGAUUGAUAAGGAAAUAUUCAAAGAAAAUUCACCAGUUCUCACGGAGAUUUACAGAUGUUUAGAUUCAUCACAUGGUGCAUGCAGUUUCUCCCAGGCAUUAACAGCUGCAUACAAUAUACGAUGCUCGCAACAGGAACAAGAAUCUAUUUUGAUUGCAAUAACAAAUGCCCAUUUCAAUCAAAUAGAAUCAGAUGCUGUUGUAACAUGCUUAUCAUAUUUGCAGUUAGUGAAGACAUAUUCCAUCGGUGUGGGAGUUGGAAUUUCUCCUAUUAUGAUCUCUAAAGUUUUCAACAGAUCUAUCUGGUCUGGUAAUCCUCUAAAAAUUGGAAAUUGCUUCAUGAAAUUGUCAGAAUUAGAUACAAACAAAGUCAUAACAGAAGGAAAAAUCACAAAUCCAUAUCCCCUAAACAAAUAUUCAAUUGAAGACAUCUACAAUAUGUUUAUUAACAAUAAUAGAAAGUACUUCACAGAACUCACAAUUGGAUUGGAUGAUAUCAAGAUGUAUGAUGCAGCAGCUGACCAUUAUAUGAUUGAAGGUACUGAUCUUGUACAUUUACCAACAGAAGAGGAAAAUGAAUACGGUCCUUACCAAGGAGAAAUCCCUGAAGUAGAUCUCGGCCGUAACAAAAAAUGGAAUUAUAACAUCCUCAUUUGCCAACUCUACGAUUUUACUUGCAACUCUAUGGAUGUAACAAAAGAAACAUCAAAUGCACAAAAUCAACAAGCUGGAACACAAAAUCAACAAGCUGGAAGAUCAAAUAAACAAGCUGGAAGAUCAAAUAAACCAGCUUGA